GAGGAUGAUGAUAGGAAAACCAGACUGCAACUCUACGUCUUCGUCAUCAGGUGCAUAGCUUAUCCAUUCAACGCCAAACAGCCGACAGAUAUGGUCAAGAGACAGCUGAAAGUGACCAAAUCUCAACUCUCGGCUAUAAAAGACCGAUUUCAAUCGUUUCUAAAUGGCGAGAUGAACAUUCCAGCUGAUGAGGCGUUCGUGAAUGCGGUGAGCAGUUUCCUGGAGGUCUUCCUUAAGAGUGACAGGAUUGUUAGAAUGGUGCAAAGUGGAGCCUGCUCCUACACCGACAUGCGCGAAGUUUUUAAGAACAACGUUGAAAAACGAGUCAGGUGUCUGCCAGAGAUUGAUGGACUGAGUAAGGAGACUGUUCUGAAUUCAUGGCUGAAUAAGUUCGAUCUAAUUUUUAAAGGUUGGUUGGUUGGUUAG